GCGGGACUGGAGAGGAGUUAUACAACGACACUCGCAACCUUACAUAAGUGGGACGAGCGGCCGGCCAAUGAGGGAGAUCGUCGCGCAUCAUGUGACCCGUCUAAGCGAAUGGGACCACGGCAAACUGCAGCUAGUGAGCGGAGCAGGAGCAACAAACACUGGCAAACGAGCGAGCUGGUCGACGUCGUUAGCCGCCCGGGAUAACUUAGCUGUGGAGUGUCGACAAGAAAAUCUUGACUUUUUGUUCUGUUUUACCCAUUAAGGAGGACGUUUUUAUUAACAUUCGAGUCGUCGUUCGAGAGUGUGGAUUUGUUGGUGUAAGUGGUUGUUGUGUGUGUGUGUGUGUGUGUGUGUGUGUGUGUGUAGCGGCUUGGUCGACGUUAGCUCGAUGUUAAAAUAUUGCUAACUUGUCUGCUAUUUAAAAAGGAAAAAAAAAAAAAGACAACCGGGGGCGAGAGUUUAUAGUUAUUUAGUAAUUAAGGUUACUCCGCUUUAAUUUAUCGUCAAGCUUGACUUGAUUAUUUUUUUUUUUUGCCCUGCUUGAAUGAGGUGGAUAUUAAUUUAAGCUUCUUAUUCGCUAAACUGCAACCGGUUUAUUUAACGCGUGUAACAACGACAACAAAAAGGCUCAUAGUCUGGUGUGUUGAAUCCAGAAUGAAUCCGAAUCGACUCCCAAUGGCGAGUGCGCGAUCACAUUCUGGUGUUUUCUUGGAGGGCAGAGAGUUACGAUAAGUCCUCUGACCCCUCUUAACUCGUAUUUGUGUGUGUUUUUUUUUGGUUUAAUAGUGACUUUAUCUUUAUUGUAUUUUUGUAUUUAUUUAUUAAAUACAUUAACCAUGGAGGUUGAACUGCUACUUCACCCGCUUUCGCACCCUUCCGCCCCGGGCAUCUGCCCCGAAAUGCUGGAGGUUGCGGCGGAGGCCAGCCGCGCCGGGGAUUUUAGCUUGGCCGCUGAGAUCUACAGCUCGCAGCUGGCCGACCUCCAGCAACCCGACAGGGGCUUGUGCCUCCGCAAGGCUGACUCCCUAGUACGCGCCGGGCGGAUCUCCGAGGCGCUGGACUCGUACUGCGCCGCGGCCAGCCUGGGGAAACUGCGGCCGGAGGAACUGCCACUGCUGGUGGACAGUAUCGCCCGGAGCCUCCGAGAGAAGGAACCGGGCCUCCGGAGCACCAGCGGCGGGGAAGAAAGCGAGGACGCUGAUGGGGAAAGCACCGAAGACGACCCACUGGACUUGUUUUCAUGCGGCUUGUGCCGGUGCCUGCUCCACGAACCUUCCACGGUGGAGUGCGGGCACACAUUCUGCAAACGCUGCCUGGAUGCCGACGCGGUGACGGACUGCGUGCACUGCAAGCGAGGCCUGGUCCGGAAGGAGGGUCUACCGAACGGCCGCCGGCUGGACGUGGUGCUUGGCGGCCUUCUGGACAAACUCUUCGCCACCGAGAGCCGAGCGCGCCGGCUGUGGAUCGACGGUGAGGUGCUGUGGCAGGGCCGGAACCUGACAGAGGCCCUGGAGAAAUACGACGAGGCGGUGGAAUUGGCGCCAGCUUCAGGCCGCCUACUGUGCCAGCGCGCUGAGCUACACAUGGAGAUGAGCAACGUGAGUCGGGCACUGAAGGACGCCAGCAGCCUGUGUCAAAUUAAACCUCUCUGGCCAAAGGCUCACUACCUGAAGGCCACCACGCUAAGCAAAGCGUCACGCAACGAUGAGGCCCUGCAGGAGUACUUCCUGUGUGUGGCUCUCAAACCCAACUGGACCAAAGUCAGAUCGGAGGCUCAGAAAGUCCUUGCCGAGCUCUUCUCCUCAGUGUUUGAGAACCAAGACAUGCCCACGCCACUGCACCCCCUCCAGGGCGGGGUGGCCUUGCGCCCCGUCAAGGCCCCCGUCCUGCUGAGGACCCUGAGACCCCUUGCUCAGAAGCCUGCUUCAUCCUUGCAGGACUCUGACUCGAGCGCGACAGAAAGCUCCUUGACGGACGAGUUGUCUUCCAGAGCGUGGGAGUCUUGUUAUCCACCACCUGAGGGAAGUGCCACCAGCAACAAGAGCCUGGCUGAGGUCCUGGCCUCUGUACCACCAGUGCCACCCAUUGGGUUUAAGAGGAAACAGAGUGAUGACGGAUGCUUCAAUCCUCCCGCCAAGCUGCUCAAACCUGGUGAGUCGAGCAGCGUCAAGAUGGCGACUGCAUGCAUGGGGAGAGUGGUGCCUACUGAGCUGUUGGACAGUGGCGACAUGGAGUGUUCGCUCUGUAUGAGGCUGUUCUACGAGCCGGUGGCCACGCCCUGUGGACACACCUUUUGCCUCAGGUGUCUCGAGCGCUGCCUGGACCACAACCCCAACUGCCCUCUGUGCAAGGAGAACCUCUCAGAGUUCUUGGCCACGCGAGGCUACAAGAAGACACUGCUGAUGGAGGAGGUCCUGCAGCGCUACCUCACCAGCGAGCUGGCGGAGAGGAAGAAGAUCCACGAGGAGGAAAUGAAGGAGCUCUCCAACUUGAACCAGGAAGUGCCCAUCUUCAUUUGCACCAUGGCCUUCCCCACCAUCCCAUGUCCGCUGCACGUGUUCGAGCCGCGCUACCGCCUCAUGAUCCGCCGCUCCAUGGAGACGGGCACCAAGCAGUUUGGCAUGUGCAUCGCCGACGAGCUCAAAGGCUUCGCCGACUACGGCUGCAUGUUACAGGUCCAAGACGUCAAGUUUUUCCCCGAUGGACGCUCGGUGGUGGAGACCGUCGGGGUGUCUCGCUUCAAAGUCUUAAGUCAUGGCCAGAGAGAUGGCUACCACACUGCCAAAAUUGAGUACCUAGAAGACAAAAAGGUGGAAGGCGACGAGCUGGUGGAGCUGCUAAAACUUCACGACGCCGUUUACGAGCAGGCCAGCAACUGGUUCACGUCGCUCAAAGACAACAUGAAGACGCAAAUCAUCGGUCACUUUGGACACCUGCCCGGCAAAGACCCUGAUCCCCAGGCGAGUGGCAGCGGCCCGGCGUGGUGCUGGUGGCUUCUGGCUGUGCUGCCACUUGAGAACCGGGCCCAGCUCACCAUCCUGUCCAUGAGCGCCCUGAAGGAGCGGCUGCUGGCCAUCCGCAAGGUCCUCAUCUUUGUCAUGCGCAAGAGGCCACGGUGACAAGGGACGUCCGACCGAGACCUCCAGAACAUUCGCGCACAACCAGUCAAUCCAGUCACUUUAUUUUGUCGUUUGCAUCGUGUUGUUAUACAAAUCCUGUGUUUGCUUAAAUGCUCGCCACUGUCGCUUCUUCUUCUUCUUCUUUCUUUUCACGUCAAUGAUGGAAAAUAAGACCCUUAUCGGACUGGCCUGGAGUCUAGUUGGCGACCUGAUGGCGACGAGUCUCCACUGGUUGCGGAGAUGACUCCGUGAAGUCUGGAGUCUUUGUAUUUAAAAAAAAAAAAAAAAAAAAACGCUUAUAUCUUUACAAAAAAAUUAAUAAAUCCCAAUGUUUUGUCACAAAACUGCAAGUCAUUACCACAAUGCAUUUGAACAUCUCUAGCUAUGCCCUCUUCAACCUCUGAAAGUAUCAGUCACCCCAAUGUUUUGGAUUUUAUGGAAGUGUUUCCUAUAUGCUUGUAUAUUUAAAGGAAAAAAAAAAAAAGUUGUUUUAUGUCACAAAACUGUAAUCAUCACCACAGUGUAUGUUGACAUCUCUACUUAUGCCCACUUCAUAGUCUGAAAAUAUCAGAAUGAUCACCCCAAAAUUUUUGAUUUUAUAAACUUAAAGCAUUUUCCAAUACACUUAUAGUAAAAUAAUAAUUUAAAAAAGCCCAAUGUCGUUUUAUAUCACAAAAUAUCAGAACAAUCACCCCAAUAGUUUGGAUUUUAUGGACGUAAAACGUUUUCCUAUAUGCUUAUGUAUUUAAUAAAAAUAAAAAAGCCCAAUGUUGUUCUUCAAUCAAAAAUAAUUUACAAAAUAUUUUACUUAAAAAUUGUCCGUGUUUCAAUUGCUACCGCAGCCCUUUUAGGCGGCAAAGUAGCCUGGGAGAACUUUCCACCACUGAAGUGUCACUAUAGCAGCUACCAUAAUGUUAAGUGAAAACUUUUAGUUUAACAAUGCCCUGGUUUAAAUUGUUUUCAACUGCUACUGCACCCAGUUUAGACAGUAAACUAGCCUGGGGAACCUCAAUACAUUUACUUGGCCACCACAUUGUUUUAGCUUUGUGCAACUACUGCACUAUUUAUUUUUUAUUUUUUUUAUUAUCACAAACUAUCUGUUAAAAGAGGCCCUUUUCUACUUUGUAGCAAUUUCUAUUCCUCCCCCCCCCCCCCGUAUAGGCAGCACACUAGCCUUGGGAACUUCACUCCCACACGCAGUCUUGUUGCUAUUGAUGUUAUCAUAAUUAGUGUAAACUUAGUUAAAAAUGGCCCUGGUGGUACAACACUCUGUUUUAGCUAUAUAAAGCUACUGCACUAUUUUGGACAAUCUUUAUCUUUUAUUAAAACAGGCCAUUUAUUACUUUGUUGCAAUUGCUACCACAGCCCAUUUAGGCACCACACUAGCCUUGGGAACCUCACUCCCCCACUCGGUGUUGUAGCAUUAUGCAGCUAUGGCAAUGCUCUGUAUGAUCUUGUAUUUCUUAGUUCCAAUAGGGUCCAGUUUUGGUUUGGUUUAUUUUGUAUUAUAUAUUUUAUAUUGCGACCGCAUCCCCCGUUAGGCAGCAAGCAAGCCGUGGGGAACCUCAAUUUGUGUACAUUACAACUCUGUAGCUGUAUGCAGCUAUAACUUAAGCAUUCUUCUAUUUUACGUCAACUGUAUAGACCAAAAAAAAAAAGCAAAAACUCAAAUGUACAUAAUCUUCCACGCUGGGCAUAUAGCAUAUCGGGGCUAGCUCUCCCUACUAGCGUUUGUUCUCCGUUCGAUCCAGAUGGUGGCUUGUGGUGCAUUUUGGCACCCCCUUCCUCUCCUCACUAGUGUUGCAGUACUACUGUUGAUGCUUGAAUGUGAGUUGUCAGUGUUUAUGUAACAUGGAGGCCUUUUUCACAUCUUUGUGUGUGUGCGCGCGUGCGUGCUCGCGUUACAUUUACAUACUUUUCUCACCGUGCGCGUGUGAUGUUUGCGUCAAACUUCUUGAAUGUAUUGGUAGCAGCAUUUAUUCUCUUUUAAACUCAAAAGGACUUAAAAACGCAUCAAUUUGCACUCUUGCUGUCUGUCUGACGUGGAAAUGAAAAUUGUUGCUUACACUAAUAAUUUAAAAAAAAAUAAUUAAAAGCAGUUGGGUUUUAAAUAACGGUAGGGAAUGUUCCGGUGAGAAAGGCUAAAUGUAUUGUAAAUGUUUUUCUUCUUCUCUUCUGUCCUGCCAAAUAUUUGUGAUCUCUUUCAUUGGCAGGAUUCACGACAUGCUGCGUUUCCCUGAUUAUUUGGAAAAGGGAGAUGUAUUUAUUUUUUACUGUCAAUAAAUGAAACCAAAUCGUGA